GCCGCCAUGCCGGGCCGCCUGCUCCGGGGCCUAGGUCGGUGGUGGCGCCGGUACAGGUACCGCUUCGUACCCUGGAUCGCGCUGAACCUAAACCACAACCCCAGGACCCUCCGGUAUGUUCCAGAUGAAUUUAAAGACAAAGUUAUCUCAGAUGAAGAUGCCCUAGGAACAUUACUGAACGUUUUCCAGGCCCUGUUCAUCAAUGAUUUCAACAAGCAGUUGGAGAUCUUGACCGUGCUUCCCGAGCCUGUCCAACUGAAGUAUCAAGACCUGCUGUCAGUUCAGCACCCAAGGGUGAAACUGCCUCAGAACAGACGUCAUCAGCGAAAUGUCUUUAAGCCCGAAGAAAUUCUUUAUAAGACAUUGGGGUUCAGUAUUGCCCGAGCAACUAGCUCAUUGAUUUCUGCUGGAAGAGGUGUCUUCAUUACUAAAGGAGUAGUACCCAAAGGUGCAGUGGUAUCCAUGUAUCCCGGUACAGUGUAUCAGAAACACGAGCCUGUCUUUUUCCAGUCCAUCGGAAAUCCGUUUAUCUUCAGAUGCUUGGACGGCGUCCUCAUCGAUGGAAACGACAGGGGGAUAUCGAGAGUCGUGUACAGAUCGUGCACUGGGAGGGAUCGGCUGGGCCCUGUGAAAAUGUGCGACAGUACGUGGCUGACAGCAGAAAUCCAGAACCCUCUGGCUGUAGGACAGUAUGUCAACAACUGUUCCAGUGACAGACCGGCCAAUGUCUGCUACCAGGAGCUGGACGUGCCCGCGGCAUUCCCGAUCGAACUGCGGCAGUACCUGCCCAACAUCGCCUACAGCUGUCAGGGGCACAGCCCACUUCGCUGCGUCGUGCUGGUCGCGCUCAGGGACGUCCGACAGGGAGAAGAGCUCCUCUCAAACUACUACACAGUUGUCAGCUGACUGGCCGCGCUGGUUUCUGCUCACUCGGCUGCGGAGUCCACGCUGCUGUCCCGCUCGCUGUGCCUCUGCGCCCCUGCGGAACAUGUGCUCUGAUCUGACCCGAGUGGGCGUUCUGUUUCUGUGGCUACUUGAUCUCUGCUCAGUUCCAUGGGAACAACCAUUUGCUCCGUCGCGAUUCUAAUUUAGUUCAUUUUCACCUAAAUACACGGGAGCUUAUUAUAGUCAAACCUACUGCCUGAACUUAGUUUUCAUGUUCCUUUUGUUUAUGUGAUAUGUCUCCGUGGUGGUGUAUGCAGUUCAGCCACGUCAGCAACCCUU